AUGUCAACUGUCAUACGAAGUCUUUUAAGUUUAGCUUCAGUAGCAACUGUACAUCGUUAUAGUUCAUAUGCAUAUUUUUCAUUAUCAACUCCUUAUUGUUCAGCAAAAAAAUCAAUAUCAGAUGAAGUAGUUAAAGCGCAAACAGCUAAACCAAUAGAAGAUACAAUCUUUGGAAAAAUUGCGCGAAAAGAAAUUAAAGUUGAUCUACUUCAUGAAGAUGAUCAGUGUGUAGCAUUUCAUGAUGUUAAUAAACAAGCACCAACACAUUUUUUAGUUAUUCCAAAAGAACCUAUCCCACAAUUAUCAGCUUGUACAUCAUCAAAUGAAAAAUUACUUGGUCAUUUGUUAAUUGUUGCUGCACAAGUUGCUAAAAAACAAGGUCUAGCUGAUGAUGGUUAUCGUUUAGUUAUUAAUAAUGGACGAAAUGCAUGUCAAAGUGUUUAUCAUCUUCAUAUUCAUGUCCUCGGUGGCAGACAACUCGACUGGCCACCUGUUUCUCUUUCAUUUUUUAGUAUUGAUUUUAUUAGACGUUAUGCUAUUUUAGAUUUUGAAAUGUCAGAUGAACAGAAAACUGAAUGGUCAAAUGUAAAAUCUUUACAUAAUGAUCGUUUUAUUGAAUCAAAAAAAGAAAAACUUGAUAUAAAUAAUUUACAUCCUGAACAACGUAAACGUUUACAAAUGCUCGGUUUAAUAACUUUAAAUACAAAUGGAGAACAACAAGAAGCAACCGAUGAAGAGAUUGAUACUAUUUUACAAAAAACAAUACAAAAUGAAGAUCCAAGUAUUCUAGCUGAUAAAUAUAUGAUGCGACAUGGAUUAUAUGAUUUACUUAAAGCAUUGACAACAAAAAUUGUACUUAAUCGACCAGCUGAUCCAAUUACUUUUAUGAUUAAUGAUCUAGAAAAUCAAGUUAAAGAUAAAGCAAAUAUUUGA